CACGCUGCGUGCGUAGCGUACAGUUUCGUUUACGGCAGUCGAUGUGCUUUUCCCCCCUGAAGAUCCACAUGUUCAAAGCGAUAUAGUUUUGUAGUUCGGUUGGCUACUGUAAUAUCAUAAUUUAAAUGCUUUAAUGUCGCGCUGUUUUUAAACGCGACGCUGACCGCAAACUGACAUUGCAUGCGCUAAAAGAGUUAGGCUACAUUAUGGGUAAAAGUAAGAACAAGAAAUUUAGACGUCCCCAGUUUUCUGCCGAGGGAUUGCCAGUAUCGGCUGUAAAGAAUGUAGAGGACGAGGAAGAAGUUGAGUCUCCUGCCGACGAGUUGCUUGAAAAACUGCAGAGUCCCUGUGCGGACAUACGAGAGUACGCCUGCGCGAGCAUCUCCCAGAUCGUGAAGCAGAGCCGUGCCAUCCCCGCCUUCGUGCAGCGCGACGCCCUGCGCUGCCUCGGGCCCCUGCUGCUGGACCGCAGCCUGACCGUGAGGGAGACCGCUGCAGGGGCGCUGAGGAACCUCAGUGCCUGUGGAGGGGUUGAUGUUUGUGAAGACAUGGUGAAGCAGGAUAUUCUAACGCCGCUGACUGCUUUGCUCAGAGAGUGCUGCACAGGCUUUGACUCGAGCUCUGGCAUCUUACCGAAAUCCCCGAAGGACCAGAAGAACCUGCUGGAGGCCGUGGCCAAUGAGGCGGUGAACUUGCUCUGGAACCUUUGUGAGUGCUCUAGCCAGGCACUAUCAGUGUUCAAUAAAGCUGGCCUUUUGAACGUGCUGAUUCAAUGCAUCGAGCGUCACCCACACAACAUGGAGCUGGCCUUGUCAGCUGCUCGCUGCCUACACACAGUUACAGAGGAGAAUGCGGAGCUCCUGGGCUCUCUGAAUAUGGCGGUGCUCGGAGGACUGGAGGCGGUGCUGCUGUCCUCACACCCAGGGAUGGGACUCACUCUGCUGCGCAUACUCGCUGCCGGGUCGGUGUGGAACAUGAAGAGCAGCCUGCCCUCAGACCGACAGGCCCAGAUCCUCAGCGCUGUGGUGGCCACCCUUUCCCACUGCCUGGAGCUGGACGCAGGCGCGCUGGUCCCGGCCCUGCUGGGCGCUGAGGCAGUCCGGUGCAUGGCCGGCCCCGCGGGGGCAGACGGCGAGGCCAGAGAGGGCGAGAUGGAGGAGGACGAGGAGGAGGAGGAGGGAGAUGGAAGCAUGAGGAACAGGAAAACGGCCAAGAGGGACAACGACUUCUCCGACCUGCUGCCUGUGGAGAAGGUGGAGCUGAGGGAGGCUGCCACCCUGCUGGAAGCUCAGCAGACCUCUCUGGAGAUCAUCGGCAACCUGUGCUGCUCCGAUGAUCCCUCUGAUGACGAGUGGGAGGAGACGUCCAGCAGUGAUGAGGGUGAGCUGUGCUCUGACAGCGUUUGUGAAGGGAACUCCAGCCUCCUUUCCCCUCUCUGCCUGUCCGCUGAGGUGCACAGUGCUCUCCUCAACCACAACAUGCCCGAGAAGGUUCUUAAGAAGACAGAAUUCCCAAGCAGCGCAGCUGUUGAAGUCUGCAGCAAGAAUCGAGCUUGGAAUUGUCUGAUAAAAAAAAUGCAUCGGGUGCAGUGCCGGGCCCUCACCUGCCUCCACAACAUAAUGUCUGUCAUGGACGCCGAGGCCCUGGGGGGAGCCCCUGCUCUUCAAGCUUUGGCUGAGCAUCUCUCCAACAUGAUCUUCAGCAAGCCAGAGAUUCCCAAACAGGAGGAGUUCCUGGAAGCAGUGACCAGCGCUGUGCGGUCACUGCUGCAGAUCAUGGCUUCCAAAAACAUCCCGCAGUGCAUGAGCCCGGAGCAGCUGCUGAGGCUGAGUGAGGCGGCGACGCGCAGCGAGGCCGUCAGCAUCCGGGUGAACGCGCUGGCCAUCCUGGGCAUCACCGGCAGCACGCUGGCCCGGGAGCAGGGCAGCGCCCCCAGCCUGCAGGUUAUAGGCAGUGCCUUGCUGCAGGUAGCGUCAAAGGAUCACAACAUGGUGGUGUGCGGGGAGGCCCUGGAUGCUCUGUUUGAUGUGUUUGCGGACGGGAAGGAGGCAGAGCAAGCUGCUAAGAACAUCCAUCUGUUACCUUCUCUGAAGGCCCUGCAGCCUGCCUUCAAGGCCAAGCUGCGGAAGGAGAGGAAGGGGAAGUACAGCCCCGGCCAGCUGUGUGUGCUGGACAACGUCAGAAUCAACCUCAAGAGGUUCAUCGGCUACCUGGAGUCUCUGCCCUAGAGCCCAACCCUGCCGUCCAGGGACCACACAGCCCUGGAGCUGAACCCUGCGGUCCAGGGGAGCACACAACCCUGGAGCUGAACCCUGCAGUCCAGGGGAGCACACUGACUGAUCAUGGGAACUGCGGAAUGCAGUUCCGCAGACUCCAGCUUUAUUGAAAACAUUGGACUGAAUGAGAUAUUUGUUUUAUUUGUUUUAAUUUUUGUUGGUUUUAUCAAUGGUUUUUGGAAAACAGUAUAUCCAUUUGUAGUCUCAAGGCUUUGAAAUGCAUGAGUUAACUUAAGAGGGAAGCUAAAAACUAAAUAAUGAUCUGGAUGCAAUACAGAAAAGAAGCUUAGUUUUUCCCUUGCAAUAAAGUUUUUAAGUUUUA